AUGGAUACACGUCAUAUAGCCCUUAUGAAUGCCGAGGAGAUCAGCCAAACCUUAAAGACAACCCACCUUGAACAACAAUAUGAACGCGAACUUCGUCAAACUGAGCGCAUCUACGAGGAAGAACGAUCGCGUAUAUCACGAUUAGAACAGCUCCUUCACGCGUAUGAAAACGAUAAUCUACAGCAGCAACUGGCCGACGUCGAAGCUCAGAUGGAGGACCUGCAAGAUCAUGAGGAGAUCGCGCAGGAACAGCUCGGGCAGCUUAACGCUGAGUUGCAGCGUGCGCAGAGCGAUCUUCGUGCAAGAACAAGAGAGGUGGAAAGAUACAAAGCAGAAGUCAAUGCGAUGAACACUGUCAACACUGAUUCUACCAAACUCUUGACAGAGAAAUUGGCGCUCGCUCGCGAGGUUGCGACCCUGAAGCCUGAACUCGAGCAUCUAAGAUCUCAAGGUGCAUUGAACCAAAGCAUUCUGGCAGAGAAGCUUGCUCUCCAACGGGAGCUCAGCACCCUUCAGGUCGAGCUGGAGACCGAACGCCGUGCGGUCCAACGCACCAAAGCAAACACAUCCAAGUCAACAGAGGCAGAUUCAAAAUUAGCAUCCCAGCUUGAAGAGUUGAGGAAAGAGACAGCGAAGGAGAGGAGAGAGGCGCAAAAGAAUGAGCGAGAAUUGCGCAAGCAAGCAACAGAAUGGGAGAGCCAAAAGACCAUCCUGGAAAGUAAGCUGGACGCGUUCCGCAAUAAAUUGCGGUCCACUAAAGAACAGCUCAAAGAGACGCAGAACGAGCUUGAGGAAAUUCAAGCCCUGAAGGCGGCACAGGUGGAGGUAGCACCCAAAAAGACUACAGUUGGGAAUCCCCGAAAGAGACAGACGGCUCAUUUUGAUCCCGACGCAACUAUCGGUACUCCAGGGAAUAAUGGAGUGCAUGCUGCCAAGAGAGUCAGAACGUCAACAAUGCCUGGCGACAAGUCAACAUUUUCAAUCACACCUUUUCUGAACAAGACAAUGAGCAUCCUACCUGAUACACCCGUUGCCACGGAAGAGCAAGAGCAAUUCGAAGAACCUGCAAAGUCCGCGACCACGCAGGGCGAGCAAGCCUCUCCGAUACGUCCGAAGCAGACAAAGGCUCGAAAACCUGCAACGGACUCGACAAAGAGGAAAGAGGGCCGUGUACUGCAAGAAACCAAAAGUGCGCCAAAAGCAAACAGUGUCGCCGUAAAGGCUAUUAACCCACCGACGAAAAAGCAAUUCGGUCUCGCAAAAGUGUUGGAGGACAACGAGAACGAAGAAGCUGCCGAUACGAACUCCGAGUCGACGAAAGCCUCCAAGCCAUCCGUCAAGAAGAAGCAGAAGAUUCUCGGACAGAGGAAAAGCUUGUUUAACGAUGAGGACGCAGAGGAGACCAAGAACAGAGCGAGAACUGUGGGGUUGCUUGGAGCAUCUAGAGGACUAGGGCUGAGGGGUGGUGGCGGUCUGGGACCAGUCAAUGUGGGUAGCAAGGGGAAAACAUUGGCGGAGUUUUCACCUCUAAAGAAAGACAGAGGGCCGCCGUCCAUUACUGCUCCAUGA